AUGCCCCUUACCCCUGCUGAAACAGAACGCGCAGAGCGACUGCUUAAACGUACAAUCGCAAAACGCGACUCGUUAGUGUCACAAAUGCAAUUUCUCUGCGAUUUAGCUAAAAAGUUGGAAGUGAAUAGUGAGGUACUUCCAUUGUUCCGCGCUCGAAAAAGGGACAUCGGUUCUCUUCGUACACAAUUUAAUGUUGAGCAGGAUGCUAUUUUGGACAUACUCAUACAACUCGUACGCGACGAAGAGUAUGACAACCUUCAUGUGCCCAUCGCAAACAGCAUGUCGGAAUUUUAUUAUAGUAUUAUGGCUAUUGCUGACACCGUUCUUGAUGAGCCACCUACGUCCUCUUCCACGAUCGAAUCCAACAAUAACAGUAGCUCAAACAUACAACUUCCAAAGAUUGAUUUACCAAAAUUUGACGGAACUCUAAUUAACUGGAUUUCAUUUCGGGACACGUUUAUUUCUCUGGUACACGACAACUUAAAUAUUGGAAAGUUAGAAAAAUUCCAUUAUUUAUUAAUUUGUGUUUUCGGUUCAGCGCUUACUGUCGUCAAGGCCAUACCUUUAUCUGCGGCCAAUUAUGACAUUGCAUGGAAGGCUUUGAUUGACCGCUAUGAUAAUCAGCGCCUACUUGCUACUGCCCAUUUAGAGAAGUUAUUCUCCUUUCGGCCAAUUAGUACGGAGUCCCUUUCUUCACUUUCAGCGUUUGUGAGCACUUUUCAAGAGAACAUCGCAGCAAUAAAAGUUCUCGGAGUGAAUGAUCUUGCGGGAUUUAUGUUAUUUUUUAUCGGUUCUCGCGCGUUAGACCCCGUCACCCGUAAUCUUUUUGAGAGCACUGUGUCUCAAGAUUCCAUUCCCGUAUUUGAUGUACUGCUUAAAUUCGUACAACAUCGGUGUAAGGUAUUGGAAAAUAUUAGAAGUUCGGAAAAAUUGGCUACCCACUCAACAAAAAUCAAGAACAACCCAAGUUCUCGUGCGGCGUUGACUAUUGCUAACGCGAAUGUUACUUCGACGGGUACCUCUUCUGAGCUUAAUCAAGGACGAAAGUUUCAACGCAGUUGUGCGUAUUGCAAACAGGAUCAUGCCAUUUAUCGAUGUCAAGCGUUCUCGAAACUUACGGUAGUCAAACGACGUGAAUUUGUAUCGUCAAAUAAACUUUGCUUCUCAUGCAUGAAUCCCUCACACUCGGUGUCAGUCUGCACGUCAAAGUAUAACUGCAAGACUUGUGGUGAACGUCACAACACCCUUCUGCAUUUAAAAUCCGAAAACAAGCACUCUCAGCCUGGUCCGUCGUCGAAUCAUGUGAUCACAACGAAUCAGUCCGAUUCCAUCGAACCAAAAACUCAGUUUGUUGGCACGUCUUACACUAAUAAUACUGUCGUCCUCGGGACGGCCUGUGUCCGUAUUCAGGAUCGCUGCGGUAGCUAUCAUUCAGUGAGAGUAUUAUUAGACAGUGGAUCACAGAUAUCAGCCAUAACUUCUGAGUGUGCCAAUCGUAUCGGCUUGGGUCGUCAAAAAUGUCGCACGGAGAUAUCAGGCCUAGGCCAGAGUCAAGUCAUACCGGUCAAGGGUCGAACUGAAUGCUCGUUCAUUCCAGGUCAAUCCAUGGAACCAGUUAUCAGUUGCAAGGAAGUGUUGGUCCUUCCACGAAUUACAUCAUUCAUGCCAGCCAGACCUUUACCAUCAAGUGUACGUGCGCAGUAUCAAAACCUCCAACUCGCGGAUCCGGACUUUGAUAGACCUGCCCGGAUCGACAUGCUUCUUGGUUGUGAUGUUUUUCCUUAUUUAAUUCGCCCUUGUUCGAAAAUCAUACAUUCAGAUAGCUUACCGUCAGCGUUAGACACAUAUCUUGGUUGGGUUUUAGUUGGUACAGUGGUCAAUUCUUCAUCAAACGAUCAUUUGGCUUCAUCCAAUUCUUUAUCGAUCACGUUAAAUCCAUCUCUGGAUACAUUACUGCAUCGAUUUUGGUCCGUCGAAGAGCCUGCAACGCCAUCAAUCCCUACCACAGAGGACGAACUUUGUGAAAAAUGGUUUAAGCAGACUGUAUCGCGGAACGCGUCGGGUAGGUUUUGCGUUGCAUUACCCUUCCGAGACGUCGUCUUUGCCGAGACAGGCUCACAACAUGUCACUACCGUUUCCGAUUUGUCAUCCUCCCAUGGGCUCGGCUCCUCACGAUCGAUGGCCCUCAAACGGUUAUUUAAUUUGGAACAACGACUGAGUAAAGACCAGGCUCUAUACGAUUCUUACCGGUCAUUCAUGGACGAAUAUUUGUCAUUGGGCCAUAUGAAGAUUGCGACACGACCAGGAAAGUAUUUCAUACCUCAUCAUGCGGUAGUGAAACGUGAUGGUGAUGUAUCGAAGUUACGAGUGGUCUUCGACGCGUCGGCCAAAUCAUCCUCCGGUACUUCUCUUAACGAUUCCUUGUGCAUUGGACCAAAAUUGCAAACGGAGAUUGGUGAAUUACUAUUGACUUGCCGCUUAUACAAAUUCAUCUUCAUUGCCGACAUUGUCAAGAUGUAUCGACAGAUUUCUGUUCGGGAUGAAGAUUGUAUUUAUCAACACAUUUUGUGGCGCCGGUCGCCUGACCAUGAGGUACAAGAGUUCGAAUUACUGACAGUUACCUACGGACUCAAUUCUGCACCGUUUCUUGCGAUACGUGUGUUGCAUGCCUUGGAUGCUGUCUCCGAACCGCAAUUUCCCGCUGCAAAGGGAAUUCUUAAACACCACACAUAUGUGGACGACAUACUUGUUGGCAGCAAUACAGAGGAAGAAUUAUUCAGCAUGAAGGAAGAUAUCGUUGGUCUUCUUAAAUCCGCAGGCUGCGUGCUCAAGAAGUGGAGUAGCAACAGUGAAAAAAUAAUAGACAGCGUGCCUCUUGAGGACCGAGCUAACUGCCUCUCAUUCGACCCAAAGGAUGAACCUUCCCUGAAAAUUCUAGGUCUCCAUUGGGACCCGCACACAGACACAUUCGGUUACCACACAUGCACCGACAACUCUAGGCCCACAAAACGAGGCAUAUUAUCUGCUAUUGCUAAAUUGUUCGAUCCAAUCGGCACCCUUGGACCCACGCUCCUGUACGCUAAGGUCCUCAUGCAGCGAUUAUGGCAAAACCAAUUGGAUUGGGAUACUCAACUCCCCACUGAUCUUGCGACAAUGUGGAAUAAUUAUGUCUCUGAAAUGCCUUCACUAAACCAAAUUCAAUUUGCCCGUCACAUAAACGUUUGCGAUUACAAGGAGGUACAGCUACUUGGUUUUUGUGAUGCGUCCCAGAAAGGGUAUGCGGGAACAGUUUAUCUCCGUGUCAUUCGGUCAUCAGGUGUAAUACAAACGUAUUUAUUAACCUGUAAAACCAAAGUAGCACCACUUAAAGCCAGUGCCACGGACGCUUCACUAACGAUACCGCGUCUUGAACUAUGUGCGGCAUUGUUGUUGGCACAGCUAAUGCAAAAUGUUCAUUCCGUAGUCUCACCCAUCAUUAAUAUUACGAAAAUGCAAGCCUGGACCGAUUCGUCAAUAGUUUUGUCAUGGCUCACCACCGAUCAGAAAUUCUUUAAGAUUUUUGUCACCAACCGUAUUGCAAAAAUACGUGCCUUAAUCCCUACUUGCAUUUGGUCACAUAUAUCAACGAGUGAGAACCCUGCCGACCCGUCGUCUCGUGGAUUACUGCCAGUUGCUUUGAUAGCGUGUUCAUUACAUUGGGACGGUCCUGCUUUCCUUCAUCUCCCUGAGACUGAUUGGCCUGUAACGAAUUUCUCUACCAUUCAACCAGGUGAUUUACCCGAAGUCAAACCAAUAAGCAUCAAUGCCCUCGCAGCUCAGAAACUUCUAGCUGAAGAUUAUGUUUUGCACCGAUUUUCAACGUGGUCUCAUAUGCAACGGUCACUUGGGUACGCGCUUCGUUUUGUCUACGCUACCUUCCUAAACCAAUCGGGUAUCACAGGUUCACUCACGUUAGCAGAACGAAACCGAGCCACAAUGUUUGCUGUUCGUCUGACUCAAAAAUCACAUUUUCCCAAUUUACUCAGACAAUUGUCGAGAAAGAAUUGUAUUAUAACGCCACCAACAAUGGCUCAGCUGGCGCCGUUUCUGGAUCCGAAGGGGUUCAUUCGUGUAGGGGGUCGCCUCAAAAAUUCCCUACUAAGUGAAGAGACUAAAAACCCGCUACUCCUGCCCAAAUCAUCGCACUUGACAAAAUUAAUAAUAAGAUACUACCAUCUGACAUUCUUGCAUGCCGGGCCCAAACUCAUUAUUUCUAUGAUUCGCCAAAGGUUUUGGAUUGUUUCAGCUCGUGAUGCGAUUCGCCGCAGUAUUUUCUCAUGCGUUACAUGUACUCGAUAUAGAGCCCAACAUCCAACACCUAUCAUGGGAGAUAUGGUUCUUGUUGAUGCUCCUACUCUUCAACCCUCCGACUGGCGUAUGGGUCGAGUUACAAUGGUCCAUCCGGGACAGGACGAGAUAGUACGAGUCGUUACCGUGCGCACCCAGGAUGGAUUCCUCAAACGCCCAGUGGUAAAACUAGUCCGGCUUCCCGUCUCAUCUUAA